AUGCCUCGCUACGCAGUCCUUGGGGCAACCGGUAACUGUGGCACAGCGCUCCUCCAAAACCUCCUCAAGCGCCCAGAUGCUCAAAUCAAUGCCUACUGUCGGAAUCAAGACAAGCUUCUGCGUCUGCUUCCAGCAAUCAAAGACAAUGAGCAAGUGAAGGUCUUCCAAGGAAGCAUCAAAGAUAGAAAGCUGCUUGAGUCGUGUCUCCGUGACUGCCACGCAGUAUUCCUUGUCCUCUCGACAAAUGAUAAUAUUCCUGGAUGUCGCUUGGCCCAAGAUACAUCGACAGCAGUGAUUCACGCUCUCCGAUCCAUCGACCAAGCCCCCAAGAUUGUCCUGUUGUCUUCGGCAACAAUAGAUGAUCACUUUUCCCGCCAUGUACCCUUCAUUCUUCGACAAGUUCUGCUUCGCUCGGCUUCUUUCGUCUAUGAUGAUCUGAUAAAAACGGAGAGAAUUCUUCGAGCAGAGGCCGCGUGGUUGACGACAAUUUACAUCAAGCCUGGUGCACUGUCAGUGGAUACCCAGCGAGGUCAUGCUCUGAGCUUGACAGAUGAGAACAGUCCACUGUCCUACUUGGAUCUUGCAGCAGCAAUGGUUGAGGCGGUGGAUGAGCAGGACGGUCGUUAUGAUAUGCGCAGUGUGAGCGUGGUCAACACUAAUGGUCGAGCGAGGUUUCCUUCAGGGACGCCAAUGUGUAUUCUGACGGGCCUACUGCGUCAUUUUUUCCCAUUUUUGCAUUCUUAUCUGCCCUCAGGUGGACCAGGAUAG